AUGAUAGCUCUUCCUACCGACAUUAUUCUCAUGGUAGUAGACACCAUCGACGAGUUCAAGGAUCGUCGUAAGCUCUUGCAAGUCUGUCGCAGCUGGAGAAGCCUGUUGCUCCCCAAGGUCUACUCAAAAGUUACGCUCGACAUUGAUGAAAGCUUGGUUCCUCUGGCACACACAGUUCUCCUCAACCGGUCGAUAGGAGCCACUGUCCGAGAACUGAGAAUUCCGAACCUCUUCUGCAAGGCUGGCAAGAAUGGCAUUUAUCAUCCUGAGCUCUUCCGAGAAAUCGUCAAACCCUUCACGGUGACCCCUGAAGAUCUCACCGAAUGGGAAGAUUCCUUGGAUGCCGGAGAUGAAGAAGCGUGGCUUGUUGUAGUCUUGUUGUCUCUCAACAACCUCCGAUAUCUUGGGAUGCGUCACCAUUCGUAUUCCUGGGAUUUUACAUUCCGAACAGUCGCGCAGUUGGCAUCCAAUUCGGUCUGUGUUCGGGGUUAUGCACCUUUGUCGCAUCUCGAAGAGGUCAACAUAAUGUCGGAGACUGUUUAUCAAAACUUUCCAGCCGCUCGAUUUGCCCCAUUUUUCAGGCUCCCGUCCAUGAGAGUGUUCCGUGCUGCUGGGGUCCACGAGGAACAUGAGGGGAGGCGUGCUUCGUUUCCGUUUUCUCUGAAUCUAGAACCUAAGUCCUCUCAGGUCAGGGAGAUUAUUCUCGACCAUUCAAACUGCAGACGUGGAAUGAUCGAGUACGUUUCAUCGUGUGCCAAUCUGGAAUACUUCGAGUAUCAGCACUCCAACGCUGCCAAUCACGGCGAUGUGUGGCUAGAUUUUCGACCACGGCGAUUUCACAUCGCGUUGUCUACCCAGAAACAUAGUCUGCGCGUGCUACGCCUCAACGACCGCGGCAGUACAAAAGGGGUAGACGACCUUGGCAUGGAAGAUGAAGGCAUUUACUCGGGGGACGAUGUCGAAAUUGAGCCUUGGUUCGGCAGCCUGGUCGAUUUCACGGAGCUACGAGAACUGCGCAUUCCAGUGCGUAAUCUCUUGCAAUCGGACUACAGACACCGUGGCUCCUCUUUGGAAGAAAUUCUUCCGCGCAGCUUGGAGUAUCUCUCUCUGGCUAAGACUGACCAGGCUGAGUUUGAUAUUGUCGAGCCUCAACUCUGCAGUCUACUUGCUCUCCGGAGUAAAUGCUUUCCCGCUUUGCGAAAGCUGGUGAUUCAGCUUUACCAGAUGGAGUUAAUUCCGGGGAAAGAACUUAGAAGUGCCAAUAACGAGGGGAACUGUCGGGUUCCGCACAGCACGAAGGAAGUAUUCGAGGAAGUGAGGAAAACGUGUGGGACAGAGGGUGUUAAGUUCUCUUUUGCCCAUGACGGGGAAUAUCAAGUACUGGCUGAUGGCAAGCUGGUUUGGGACAACGAGAUGAUCUAA